AUGUCUCAACCACUGGCACCUCGACCUUCCCAGGGUGGCGCUAGCUCACCGACUCACCAAUCUUCACAAAAACCCCGGAAAAUCUCCACAGCAUGUGGCGCAUGCAAACAACGGAAAACGAGGGUAGCACUCCCCAACAGACCCAUCUCCAUCCACCAAGCUGAUCAUCUACAGUGCACUGGUGGCAACCCGUGCGAGGCGUGUGCGACUAGAAGAAGCCCGUGUGUAUACGAUGCAAGCUCCGACCAGAGGAGAAAAAUCGCAAAUCAACGCAAUGUGCAAGACCUGGCGGAAACACAACUAGACCUCGAACGGCACAGACAAUUACUUGGAGGCAUCAUUGCCACCAUCAGAGUCGGCGACGACGAGGCCAACAGAGAUUUGUACCGUGUCAUUCGAAGCGGGGUUGAUUUGUCGCAAAUCGCUGCUCACGUACGAAACGAAUGUCGGGCAAACAUAGAAAUACAACAAGCAUACGAUGAGAUCAAUUUUGUGAUCGACGGUCCACGCGGACUUCCCUCGCCCACCCAAUUACUUUCCGAGAUUCCUUCCAGGGAAGACACAUUUGCACCGGCAUCACUAGAGUCAGAAUCAAGCGAAGCGAGCGGAAGUAUGUUUCUCGUUGACAAGCAGCCAAAUGCGUAA